AUGAAGUUCUCCCAGAUCAUUUUUGGAGCAGUGGCAGCAAACAUCGCUACGGUCUCUGCAGUUGACGUAUAUUUCUGGGUCGACUCAGAUACCUGUCACGGCGGUACCUACCUCAAAUGCGGCGGCUUGAAUCCGAAUACAUGCUGUAGCGUGACAAGUUCCUAUGCGGGAGCCUAUAGCGUCAGCUAUCUAGGUAUUCCGACAGAUUGGUAUCUUGUGCUUGGAACAUAUAGAGCCAGGUCGUGCAAAACACUUCAGGGCGCUGUCGCCGUCGAUCACACAACCAAUCAUUGCUUCAAGGCGCUUGCGGGCAAACGAGAUUUCUUGUCCGGCGAUUAUCGUUUCGAUAACAAGAAGAGAGAUUCCCUCGACGCGCCCACCACGAGUGACGAAUCUAAGAAGGAGUGUCAGAGCCCGGACAUCUUGGGACUUGCAGAUGGCACUGAGUUCGGCCUUGCUGGCUUGGAUGAAGAAACUUUGAUUGAGCUGGGCCACAUUCGCACAGAAUGCUACGGAGAUCUCGCAGCUCCCUGCCCAUCUUCAACAGCUUUCUCUGACGAUCUAAGCGCCACAUUACGAGUUUGUCGAGGAAUCGUGGCUCGGUACUGGGAUGAGAAAUGGUCGUGGUCUGGCUGGUAUUUCCCUCGUUUUUUUACAGGGCUAUGA